GUUGCGGUUGCGCAGGUAGGUCCAUUUGAACAAUCUAUGUGGACGUACCACCCAAAAAGAAAGCAAUUUUAUUUGCAUCAGUUUGCUGAAAAACAGCCAGAUUUAAACUAUCGUUCCAAAGAAUUGGUCGAAGAAAUGAUGAAUUUAAUCCGUUUUUGGUUAGACAAAGGGGUAGAUGGACUUAGAACGAGUGCAACAAUUUAUCUGCUGGAGGAUAACAGAUUUUUAGAUGAGCCAAUCACUUCAGAUCAAACGAUCAAUGGGAAACCUGCUUACAAAGCUUUUGAUCACAUAUAUACGCAAUGUCUCCCAGAAACAUAUGAAAUGUUACGCCGAUUUCGAGAAGUGGUAGAUUCUUACAAGCAAAAAGAUGGACAAACGAGAAUUCUUAUGGUAGGAAUUGGUACAUUGCCCACGAUGGAAAACAUGAUGAAAUUUUAUGGAAACAAAUCUCACCCAAUAGCUCAUAUUCCACUCAACUACGUUCUUUUGAAUGCUCAUGCUCUAAAUGACGCCUCAAGUGCUGAAGAUUAUCAAAAUUCCAUUAAUACAUGGAUGGAAAACAUGCCCCAGGGAGAACACCCCAACUGGAUGUUUGGAAAUCACGACACAUCGAGAAUUCCGAACAGAUUUGAUUCAAGUAGUGUAGAUUCUAUUAACGUGCUCUUGUUAUUAUUACCUGGAACACCUAUCGCUUGUGAAGGAGAAGAAAUUGGAAUGGAAGAUACAAAAAUCAGAUGGGAGCAAACUACUGAUGUGUGUGCACUAGGUCUGGGUCCACUUCUGUAUGAGACUGUGAAUAGAGAUCCGGAAAGAACUCCAUUUCAAUGGAAUUCUUCACAUCAUGCAGGGUUUUCCGCGAUAGAUGGGACAACUUGGUUGCCAGUGAAUCCAAAUUAUUACAGAAUUAAUGUUCAAGCUCAAAAGUAUGACCUUAGAAGUCAUUACAAUAUUUACAGAAACUUGAUUAAAUUACGAUCGAGGGAAGCUUUUCGCCGAGGUGAUUUCAAAAUGUACAAUGUUUCAGAGCGAAUUUUUGCAUUCAAGCGAGGUCUGCCGAACGAUGUUUAUGUGAUCAUUAUGAAUGUUAAUAAUGAAGAGGAGUCAGUUGAUAUCGAGAAUAUUAUUUCAGAAGAAAUAAAUGGGAAUUUCGAGAUUGUCUUGGUUAGUGAAAAUUCUGAAUACGAAGUGGGGGAUAAGUUGAAUGCGUCAUGCAAAUUAUUUAGAAUGCGACCAAAAUCGGCCAUCGUACUGCAAUCGAUUUGAAGCAUACUUUUAGAUUCACUCGACUGCUCAAAGUAAAUCAGUAGAUAUCUAUUCAAAAUAAAAAUCAUAAUAUAUUCCUCAAUUGCCUAAAUAUGUACUUGUACAUUUAUACUUAAUACAAGA